GAUAUUAUUAUUAUUAUUUUUAUUGUUAUUACUAUUAUUAUUAUAUUUUCCAGGAAUUUGAAGAAAUCAAAAGUGCAAAACCAGAGAUGAUUUAUUCGAUAAGUCCAGAAGAUGAAAAUAUAUUGCUUUGGACAGCUAUUCUUUUGCCUACAGUUGAACCUUACAAAUCCGCAAAACUGAAGGUAACGAUUACAUACCCGGCGGAGUACCCAUUCAAGCCCCCAAAGGUAGUCUUCAACACCCCGAUAUACCAUCCCAAUAUUGAUGCAAAUGGUCAGAUAUGUCUCCCACUUAUUAGCCCAGAAAAUUGGAAGCCUGCUACAAGGACAAUGCAAAUUCUCAAUAGUCUUAUAAGUUUAGUACUAAAUCCAGAACCAGAACACCCUUUACGUGCUGAUGUAGCUGACGAGUUCAAGAAAAAUCGUGCGGUAUUUAACAAAAAAGCAGAUCAACUUGCAGACAAAUAUCGAGAGAAAAAGAACUGAACAUAAUCCAGGAAGUGGGAGUUAUAAUUCUGUUUUUGUAAUUUUCUUGCUUUAAGACUGCAACUUCCUAUCGUGUCCAUCUCAACUUCAAAAUUAAUGUUAGAAAUUGCAACAUUUAAUAUACAAUUGAUUAAAAACAGGGAUGAACAUUCUUGUUCAUAAAGAAAAACUAUGUUUGUGUGCAAUUUCAUGUAACAUAAUCUUUGACACACACAUUCCCUUUUUGUCCUCUCCCUGUGAUCAAACAAUUUUUAAUGCAAAUUAAGUUACAUAUGAUAAGGCUUAUUCCAGUGCAUAAAAGAAUAUACUGUACUAAAGGUAGAUGUUUACAGACUAUAGCAAACUUUUUCUAAAGCCCUGUCCAGACUAUCAAAGCUUAUUUGACAAAUAAGGAUGUGAUAUGACUAAAUAUGGUCACGUCAUGACUAUUUAUGGGCAUACAACAUUUUUUUUGUCAAUGAAAGUAAUGUGGAUAGAACUUUAGGUAUCUGCUAUCUCUGCAGAGAAUUGUAAGCAAACAAAUUCAUAAGAAUAUAAUUCAAAGCAGACAUGAAAAGGCCAUUUCAAAUUAUUUUUGUUUAUUAAAUUUACAAGUUACACAGAGCUGUACAUUAUUGGAAAUAAAUCUCAUAUAGAAUUAACUAUGAAAUAGAAAGCUUAUAGAAGCUAUAGUAGUUUCUUACAUGCAAGUUGGAUAUCUUGCCUACUGUAGCAACAAUGUUUAAGGUUGUAUUUAAAAUUUAAAUUUUAAAUGUUGCAGUGUUCCUUCACAAAUACUCAUACUGUAUCAAGAGAAAAAGUAUUAUUCAUAAUAUUUAGUGUUUGUACCUAUUGUUGCCGGGUUAGUCGCCAUUUUUGGCCCUUUUUAAGUUCUUAGAAUAUUUACAAUGUCUGUAUGCAAAUUUAAAUAGUUACCGUAGUAUAUUUGUGUGUAUAAAAGCAGGAAAUUGUGUUAGAUAAUUUUAUCAGAUCCAAGGUAAUAUAUUGUCUAGUAAAAAACUAGAAAGACCAGUGGCUAUAAAUGAAAAGUGACACUCAGAGGGGUCUCAUUAAAAAACCAAGAUUUUGGAGAAAGUAGAAAAAAAUCAUGUAAACACAUGGAAUGAAUUUGUGUGUGUAAAAAGCCAUUUAUAUUUACUAUGGUAAUAUGGUAUGAAGGUAGUUUUAUAUUACUGCAGUAAGCCAAAAUUCUUGGUACAUUAAUCUACAUGUAAUAUUUCUGGAAUAAUACUAUUAAUCCUAAGAGACAUCUCAGUGAGUGAGUAAUGCUUGGAUGCCUUGUUGUCGUAAUAAGUAUGCAUAUUUUCUUAUUUCUUGUACUGUAACAUCAAAAGAAAUUUGUAAGAAAAUUGACAUCUCAAUCUGACUGAUUAUUAAAAUCACAGUUCACAGGAACUGUUGGCAACCAAUUGAAUAUUCAAA